AUGUCACACGAUUCACAUAUCAUCAUCGACGAUAAUGAUCAUUUUGAUAAUAAUUCAAUUGUUACUCAUCAUCUUCGUGGUGUAGAGUCUAUAUCUACUGUUCGUUGUCCACUUGUACCAUCAAUUAAUUUUCAACAGCUUGAAAUUGAUCUUCAAGCACAGCAUCAACAUGAGAAAGAUUCUCUUAAUCAAUUGAAUCAACGUCUUAAAUUAUUCACGGAUCGUGUUCAAUUGCUACAAACAGAUAAUUCAAAAUACAUUGCAGAAAUUUCAAAUUUACGAGAACAUGUAUCAGGUUUCAGUAGUAUUGAUGUAUCAUGGGAUGAACAUUAUUUAUCACUAAAUUCAAAUUUUUCUAUGUUGGCCAAUGAAAAAAUUAAUUUUGACUCAGAUUUCGAACUGUAUCAACUACAAAUUAGAAUAUAUGAAACAUUGAUUGAAAUGCAACAAAAUUCAAGAGAUAAACAAAUUUUUGCAUUAGAAGAAGAAUUAAAACAAUCAGCGUCUCAGCUCACUACUCUACGCACAUCUUAUACAAAUUUGGGAGAAAAUAUUGAUGGUAACUAUGCCGAACGUGAUAGUCUAUUGAAACGAUAUUUGUCAUUGGCACAUGAUUGGUGUAAUGUUAUGAAACAACAACAACAUUUAAAUUUAAGUGUACAAACAUUGAAACGUCACAUUGUCUUUUAUAAGAAUAUAAGUUCGUAUUCAGUGCGAGAAUUUGGUAGUUCAUCGGUUACAUUAGAGGAUGAGACACAAUUUUGGAGAUCAGAAUUUGAAAAAAUUAUCAAGGCAAUACGUUCGGAUUUUGAAGUGUUUUAUGGUACGAUUCGUCGUGAAAUGCUUGCAUGUUAUGAAAAUAAAAUGGCGGAACUUCAAAAGAAUGUUCAAGAAACAUCAUAUUGUCAACAAUCUGUAAGCAAAGAGUUCUCAACAAUUGAAGAGAAAUCGCAAAUUGAAUACGAAGAAAUUAAUAAAAGUUUAUCUUAUGAAAAAGAAAUUCAAAGCAAACUUCAAACUACUUACGCUCAAUUGGAAGGAGAAUUUAGAUCAAUUCAACUUCAAAAUAAAGAACAAUAUGAAGCAUCAUCAAAAGAAAUAUCCAGUAUAAAAGAAAGUAUUUUGGCUAUAAUCUGUGAUAUUGGUGAAAUGGAAUGCAGUAAAGAUACGUUAGAAGCUGAAAUUAUUGUUUACACACAUUUAUUGAAUGCCAAUAAUAUUAAAAUAAAAGAACGAGUUGUUCUUACUCCUUUGUGUCCACCAGCUGGAAGUGAAUCGAUGAGAAAAAUUACUAUUAAAAAAUAUAGACAAGGAUGUAUUGGCAUUGACGAAUGCUCUCUUGAUGGUGCAUACAUUAGUUUGGUAAGCUCUUUGGCCACUAACGAAAUUGAUAUUUCAAGAUGGAUGCUCAAACAAAAUACUGAUUCAGGAAAACAACUUCAAUAUACAAUACCUGACGGAACUCUAAUUGAACGAAACGGCGAAUUAAGAAUAUAUUCAAAGGUGGGUAAUGCUACUGCUGGAUCAUCAUCAGGUCAAAAAUUGGUCAAUAACGAUAUCGCUUCAUGGAGUACUGGUAACAUGAUUGAAACACGUCUAUUUAAUAAAGAUGGUCAGGAGGAAGCAUCACAUUCUCAAUCGGUCUCAUUUUGA